UUUCACUCUUGUUUUUAAAGUCCGUGAAUAGAUGUUCUGAAAUCUUAAUGAAAGAUUCUUUUAUAUAUUCAUCAUCUGUAAACUGCUUCCCGUGCCUGACUAUUUCCUGAGCGGCAAUAUAACUGGCGUAUGUCGUUGAUUUUCCAGACUUCAUCCAUUUCUGGAAAUGAUUUUUGCUCAGAUCAACCUUCCGCAUCAGUUCCGAAACGGCUUUUUUUUCUCUCAUCUCCAUCCGGAUAUUUUUGAGCAAAGGCUGCGUGUUUAUUCUGGAAAUGCGUUGCGACAUUUGACUUUUUGUUGUUUGCUAGUUUCUCAUUGCAUAUUAAGCAUACCGGUAAACCAGUCUCGUCAACAGUGAAAGCAAAUUAAUCUGUCCACGUAUCAUUAAACGUUCUGUUUUCUUCAGUCACUUUUCUUUUUUUAGAAUUCUCCAUAGUUGGCUUACCUUGGAUCGAAAAAUUAAAGAAAUCGCGCACUGGCGGGUGUCAGGUAUUGGCAGUGGUGACGUAUAUUAAUAGCGAUAAAAACACGUUGUAGCGGUGUGCUCACGCAGUCAGUAAACUGCAGUCGAAUAACUUUAUUCGAACUAAACAGCCUUGCUUUUAAGCCUCCCUCAACCCAGCCCCCAUGGACGCAGAUGCUGCAAAAGACGCGUACUCACAAACCCCCGUAGGCUAUCUCCCUUAGCCGGAACGGUGGCUAAUUGUGAGCCGUUUCGGAUGUGCCAGGAAAUGUGUCGCCACACUUAGAUUGUACAAGAUCACCAUAAUCUUCAAAUUUAGAAUUACAUUUCAAAAGCUAACAAACUAACAUAAAAUACAUUUUAAUUAAAUACUGACCAAUUAUUUCCCAAAGCCACAGGGAGCCGCAGCACAGAGGUGAAAGAGCCACAAAUGGCUCGGGAGCCGCAGGUUGCCGACCCCCGGUUUAGGGGGUUUGUUAGUUGGCCGAUCUUCAUCUUGAAGUUAAAAAGUAAGGGUGGUUGAAUGGAGACUACAUGUGGUUGAACACCAUAAUUUGGCCAAUCACAUCAAUAAUUAUGGCAAUUCAGUCUUCCUUCAUGUUUACAUUAAAAUGUUUUAUAUGCAAAUUAGUGAAUUGAUAAUUCAUAUGAUGUAGCUAUUACACCAUGCUCAGAGCACCCAUCCACCUGGCUUCACCUGUCAAGUUCUGGCUAUCCUUCCCUUCCUCACCUUUUUAUUCUGGCAACUUCCCCCUUUCUUUCCAGUCCUGAAGAAGGGUCUCAGGUGAACUGUUGACUAGCAUUAGUUGUUUGUGUUUGUGUUUUUUUAAAAAAGCAGUGAUUUUUGAGAAAUAAGCAAUAAGACAAUUCAGAAUGAUUUUGCUCGCAGUGGUUUCAAGCAUUCAGGCUUGGAAAUGCCAAAAAUGGCCAAGAGUGAAAUGAAGCAAUUUCACUACUUCAGUGAGUUAGGAACUGCGAAGAAUUUGAAGGUAUCAAUAGUCUUCUUGAAUGUUACAAUGAAAGUGAAGACUUGGAGGAUGCAGUUGAUAGCAUUGUCCAUUAUCUGUACUAGGAGUCUGAGCUGAUUUUGUUCAUUGUGUACACUGAAUGAACUAUACACAGUACAGAACUGUAGUAGUAUAGUACUACUGGUAGUGUUCUGAUUUGUUCUCUGUUUCAUUUGAAUACAUAAUUUGUUAUUCAGUUUGUCUUUUUUUUUUAAUUCCUUUUAACUAUUUUGUUGAAACUUGGGCUAACUGGGACAGGUGCUUAAUUGGGCCAAAAUGUCUGAUGUGUCCCAAUAAACUGGAAUCCACUUUAUUUGCAAUUCUGCAAACAGAAAUGCUAAUCAUUAAUACACUUAAUGUUGUUCAAAGUUGCAAGGAAACAUAGUAACAAUAUCCAAAUUAUUUGUAAACUAGAUUUGAAAUCUUAAUCCAAUAUUAAUUAUUGCUAUUUUCAUAAUCUCUAAAUUGUAUAUGUAGAAUUUAUUAAACUUUUACUAAAAUGUAUAAGGCUUGUAAAAAUGAAACAAUUGUGGAUGCAGAUUUUUUUUUUGAGGAAGCAGUAAGAAAGUGGCCUAUAGCAGUUUAAUCCAGAUAUCGAUUGUAAUUGUUUUUGCUUGCAUUGCAAUUAUUAACAACUGCAGCAUUUGCAUUUUAUAAGAGCCUUUGUUGCAGGAACAUACAGAAUCUUUAAUAUUUAUAACCAAUAUGUAUUCCGUGCACGAGUAGUUUAUAUAGUGGUUGUAGGCACAGGGCUUCGGGCUCAAUAUGCAAUAUUAACUUGGCAGUUUGCAAGUCAGCUGGAAGGAAAAUAAAUGGGCCAUCCAGUCACUUUGUUGAAGGAAUGAAAAUAGUUCAUGCAACGCAUCUCCCAAAUAAAAUCCCAUAUGGUUAAUAUGUUAAAACUAAAGUGUCACAAAUGUAAUCCUUUCCUAUGACAUUUUAAUACAUCUUUAUUUAUACACUGAAGGUGGGAUGAUGUGAAUGUGUGGGUGCGGGACCUGCAAUUGGAAAAUAAUGUCACAGUGUUUCAAAUUACCAUAUUGUGCUGUUGGCUGUUCCAGGCAGUGAUAAGCACAGCUGCUUCAGGCAGCGGCAUGAAAAAUAGUCACGAACUUCAAAGCGGAAACAUUUCCAACAUGUCUGUCAAACUGUGAUGAUAAGGCAGGACACAUUUCUUAAAAUAUUCAACUGUGAUUCUUUAGAAAAAAAUUGACAUCCAACAGUAUUCUCAGGGAUUCAUUAAGUGGGUCCGUGAAAAACCGAUUGCUGAACAUUUAGACUGCAGGUAAAAUUGCGCUACCUCGUUUAAUCUGUUAAAAUCAGCAACAAUUGAAACACUUUCAGUUUUGUAUGGAGCAACUGAAACUGAUUUUUGUGGUACAAAUCCCUUUUAUACUAAUACUUUGGUGACCCACUUGUACCUCAGAGCAUUGAGCUUCUGAGUAAGGAAGUCAUGGUGCAGUUAUAUUAAAGUUUAGGGAGCACUUGGCUAAUUGUGUGCAGUUCUGGUUGCCCUGGUGCAAGAAGGAUGUGGAAAGGGUGCAGAAACUGCUUGGAUUAGAGGGUAUGAGUUAUAAGGGGAGGUUGUACUAACUUGUUUGCUUUCUCUGGAGCAUCAGAGUGUGAGGGGAAACCUGAUACAAGUUUAUAAAUUGAAGCAUUCAUAGGGUGGAUAGUCAGAAUCUUUUUGCCAAGGUAGGAGUAUCAAAUGCUAAAGGACAUCUUAAGGCGAGGUGAGGGGUGAAUUCUAAAGGAGAUGUGCUGGGCAAGUUUUCUUUUACAUUGAGCGGUAGAUGCCUGUGUAACACAGGUUAAUUUACCCACAGAUGUAAUGUCAGAAAAUUCCACCCGUGGAGGGAUGAAAGCAAAGGUUUCCAAAUAUUUUUUUUUAAAAAGAACUUGCGGGGGAUAAAAGUUAUGUGAGAACAAGCUGUGGCUGACACAGGCGCAUACAAAGCAAACUAUUAGAAAUUAAAGAUAUAAACUGUUAAAAGUGUGAUUAGUAGUUAGUAUCUACCCUACUUGAAAACCUCAGGGUCAGACCCCUGGAGGAGAGAUAAUAGUGAUAAAAGGUUCAGUGAAUGUACAGCUAUAACAAGCAGCAGCUAAAGUGAGACAAUAUCGGCAGAGAUGAUCUCUACCGUGUAACCAGGAAUUUGUUCUGUGAAAUCAUUCCAGGGGAUUUGGUCAGGUAUUUUUUGAGUUAAGUAUUGUGAAACGACUUUCUGUUUAUGACCCACCAAUUAAUCCAAUGAAUCAAGAAACAAGAUGGCAAGCACCUAAGAUGGAAGAACCAGUGUAGGAAUGAAAUGUUUCAAGAUGUAGAUGAUUUAAUAGUGUAAAAAUUUAUUUCUCAUUCGAAGGUUCUAAAUUUGAUUUAGAAUUGUUGUGAAAAGAGUUAAGCAAUAUAUAUUUUUUAAUUUAAAUUUGUGGACAUACUGACCUGGAACUGAAACUGAAGUUAACCAAAAUACUUAAGAAUAGGAAUUCAAUUAGUUUCCUAACUAACUAGGGAUAAAUAAAAAGGAAAGGUUUGUCAAUUAAUCUUUAAAUAGGGAAUAACACUAGAUCUAAUUAGUUAGAGAAAUUGGAGUCAUAAAGGUUACUCUAAUGAAUAUCACUAAUUCUACCUAAGAAGGAAUUUUGUUUUCAUGUUGGAAUUUUGAGUUAUUAUUACUCAUGUAAAUAUUUUAUAUAUAGUUGUUUUUAUAAAGUUGCAUCCAGAAGUGUUUUUUUUCUAUUCUCUGCCUCCUUCUGAUACCUAGAGCUUCUGGUGGCUUACUAGCACCUAUGUAAGUAGAUUUUCUCAUAAAGAGUACGGCGACCAAUCACAUGAGAUAUGACAACUGCUACACAGGUGUUACACCUGGAAUGGGCUGCUGGGAGUAGUGGUGGAAGUGGAUGUGAUAUGUUUAACAGGUAGUUACAUACAGGAAUUUAAAAACUGUUCCACAUGGAAGGUUAGUUAAGAAGGUUCAGUCGUUAGGUAUUAAUGCUGGAGUAAUAAAAUGGAUUCAACAGUGGUUAGAUGGGAAAUGCCAGAGAGUAGUGGUGGAUAAUUGUUUAUCGGGAUGGAGGCCGGUGACUAGCGGGGUGCCUCAGGGAUCUGUUUUGGGCCCAAUGUUGUUUGUAAUAUACAUAAAUGAUCUGGAUGAUGGGGUGGUAAAUUGGAUUAGUAUUGAUGCCGAUGAUACUAAGGUAGGAGGUGUUGUGGAUAAUGAGGUGGAUUUUCAAAGCUUGCAGGGAGAUUUAUGCCGGUUAGAAGAAUGGGCUGAACGUUGGCAGAUGGAGUUUAAUGCUGAGAAGUGUGAGGUUCUACAUUUUGGCAGGAAUAAUCCAAAUAGAACAUACAGAGUAAAUGGUAGGGCAUUGAGGAAUGCAGAGGAACAGAGAGAUCUAGGAAUAACUGUGCAUAGUUCCCUGAAAGUGGAGUCUCAUGUAGAUAGGGUGGUGAAGAGGGCUUUUGGAACGCUGGCCUUUAUAAAUCAAAGCAUUGAGUACAGAAGUUGGGAUGUAAUGCUAAAGUUGUACAAGGCAUUGGUAAGGCCAAAUUUGGAAUAUUGUGUGCAGUUCUGGUCACCGAAUUAUAGGAAAGAUAUCAAUAAAUUAGAGAGAGUGCAGAGACGAUUUACUAGGAUGUUACCUGGGUUUCAGCAAUUAAGUUACAGAGAAAGGUUGAACAAGUUAGGUCUCUGUUCAUUGGAGCGUAGAAGGUUGAGGGGGGAUUUGAUCGAGGUAUUUAAAAUUUUGAGAGGGAUAGAUAGAGUUGACGUGAACAGGCUGUUUUCAUUGAGAGUAGGGAAGAUUCAAACGAGAGGACAUGAUUUGAGAGUUAGGGGGCAGAAGUUUAAGGGAAACACGAGGGGGUAUUUCUUUACUCAAAGAGUGAUAGCUGUGUGGAAUGAGCUUCCUGUAGAAGUAGUAGAGGCCAGUUCAGUUGUGUCAUUUAAGGUAAAAUUGGAUAGGUAUAUGGACAUGAAAGGAGUGGAGGGUUAUGGGCUGAGUGCGGGUAGGUGGGACUAGGUGAGAUUAAGGGUUCGGCACGGACUAGGAGGGCCAAGAUGGCCUGUUUCCGUGCUGUGAUUGUUAUAUGGUUAUAUGGAAUAUACAUGGAUGUGGGUCAUGUGCAGACAGUGGGGAUUUGGUUCAAUUCAGCAUUGUUUUCAAUGCAGACUUAAUGGGCUGAGGGGCCUGUUCCUGUACAAUUCUACAUGUGUUCACAGAUUAUAUACCUUCAGAUAAUAUUUGUUUGUAUUUCAUCAGAAAAAUUGCAUAUAGCCCAAGUCCAACAGUGCUGAUGUGUACUGUUGGUCUGUAUAAGCUUUACAGACUUUUCUCAGUUAUUGAAGUAAAAUGGAAAUAAUACAAAUAUCUCUGAACAUGGUUCAACUACAACUUUCUACCCAUAAUUAAUCUUUUAAACAAGUAUAUUUUUAACACUGCCAGUGUUUCAAAAACUGCAAGGAAUUAAACGCAGUAAAUUGUUGGUUAUGCCAGAAAGCCAUUUCUCAACUGUGAAGAAAAAUGUACCUUACUAAAAAUAUAUGGAAGAGUAAAGGUUGGAGCCAACUUCUAAUUGAAUAUUUAUUACAGACUAUAACAGCAGAGAGAUGUAUUAAUACAAGUAUGCUUUUUACCUUGUAGAUAUAUUUAAAUGCUCACAAUGAGUCAGAGGUGAAGUGUUCUGUUAUGAAGGACCACUCUUAUCAAGUGAAGGAUAAUGCCUAGACUCUAUAAAUCUACACUCUAUUCUGGUUUUUGUGGGUGCAGUCUACUCUUAUGCACUGAAAUACAUCAUAUUUAUUUAUUUUCAUGUUUAAAAUUUGAUCCUUAUCAGUAGUAAAGUACAGCAUUAGAGAUUUAAUACAAUUGUUUGCUGAGAGAUGAUGGAUAUUUAGCAUUUUUUUAAAAAACAAAACAAAGCUGAUUUUGGCCUCAUCAUGGAGGGAAAUAAACCAUUGAUGUGUUUUGGGCUGAGACUCUUCAUCAGUACUGGAAAGGAAGGGGGCAGAAGCUAGAAUAAGUUAAUGUGGGGGGUGGGGGGUGCAAGUUGACAAAUGAUAGAUGGAUUCAUGAAUUCCUGUACUGCCAUGAUGGGGCCAAACUCAAGUUUUACUGACGUGUUCAUCUCCUCCUUCUGGUUCUUUCUUCCAUUUUAACAUGGUCCACUAUCAUUUCCUGAGUCCUGACGAAGGGUCUCGGCCAGAAACGUCGACAGUGUUUCUCCUUAUAGAUACUGCCUGGCCUGCUGUGUUCCACCAGCAUUUUGUGUGUGAUGUCCACUAUCAUCUCCCAUUAGAUUCUUUCAUUAUCUCUUCAACUCUUCCACCUAUCCCUUCCCAGCUUCUUAUUUCAUUGUCCUCCAUGGCCCACCCACCUUCCCCCUUACCUGGUUUCAUCUACUACCUGCCAGCUUGUGCUUCUUUCCUCACCAUCUUAUUCUGGCUUCUGCCCCCUUCCUUUCCAGUCCUGAUGAAGGCCCAAGGCCUGAAAUUUGACUGUUUAUUCACCUCCAUAGUUGCAACCUAACUUGCUGAGUUCAUCCAGCAUUUUGUGUGUCAAGAUUUCCAGCAUCUGCAGGAUCUCUUGUAUUGGAAAUACUCAGCAGGUCAGGCAGUGUCUGUGGUGGGAGGAAAAUAAGGGUAGCCAGCUUUUGCGGUUUAUAUGAAAAAUAAUCAUCUGACGUUGUUGAAUUCACUGAGUCCUGAGGGCUGGAACAUGCCUCGUUCUGUUCUGGUUCAUUUGCUGUUUACAUUUCCUCCAGAUAGAUCAGCUGCACUUCAGUUCUCUCCACCUUCGGUGUUACGAGCACUGUCACCAUCACUUAUGCUUCGGUCAUCACCCUGGCACAGACCCAAUCCUCUCCUUGUUAUACAGGCUGCCUCCCAUUUCCACUCUGUCCUUGAUAACUCAUUUCCUCUUCAUAGAUGCUGCUCGAUCUGCUGAGUUCACCCCAUUUGUUUCUGACUCUUCAGGUUACCUUCCUGCGCUCCACUCUUCCCACUCUGCAGCGUGAAACAUCUUGGGUUAUAACUCUCCCUGAUCCUGAUGAAAGGAUAUGUUCCCCUCCGCAAGCCUCUCGGUCUGACUUGCAGGGUAUUUACAGCAUUUAGUAAGGAAGCUGGAUUUCACUCUGAAAAUUUUAGCUGUGUUUUAUGAGUACUGGAUGCACAACAUGUCUGUAGCUUAAGUUAAUACAUGAAUGCAGCAUAUACUUACUAGGUUUUGUCUUUGAACAAUAGGAAUUUUAAGGUGGCAAAUGAGGUGCCAAUCAAGUAAGCUGCUUUUUACAGACUGUAUAUUGUAUCUGCACCCCAGAAAAAGAUGCAGUAUUGUUGCAGUGUAAAUCUAAUACAAUAUAUUGAAGUGACAUGUUGUUUUCUGCUGAAAGGCAAGGUGUUCUGGCCCUUUUUAUGUAUGACCUUCAGGAGAGGCAAUCACCAUCCUGUUUGACUAGUGAGAAAUCACAAGGAUAAAGGAACUAUUUAAAAACGAUUAGAUAGCCUUUUGCUUAUGUACUUCCCUUUAUUUGCUUUAGCCAUUUGUCCACUUUAGCCUGUUGACUCCCAUAUAUAAACACACACACACAACUCUUGCACAGCACUGUAUGAAGUGCUUAAAGAGGGAAAGAAAAAGUGGUAACUUUUAGAACUUUUUACUGCUUUUUAAGGAUAGCUCAAGAGUAUCUGAGGUGACUUUUUAGACAUUAACAUUUUAUGUGCAAAAAACAGUUGAAGUACUUAUCUCAAAUGAAUACUAAGUGCAUUCUGUUGCUUUUCUUAACUAGUUUGUUUUUAUUAUUUCUA